UAUUCUGGCACAAGGUCUCCCCCUUAACUUCUUAGAUUUCCACCUCAAGAGAAACAAGACUCGACUGAUACGACUGCGGAUACUUAAUUCGCAUUCAUGUGUAAAACGAGCAACAACCAACCACGACCGGUUAAAUAUUCCUAGCCAAGUUCACAGGAAAGACAAGUCAUCAUUUGCAUUUAAAAAGAAAUGAGAAAGUUACAUUUUUCGUUAAAAUGUUGCACUGCUGUACUACUGUUGCUAUACAUAGAUGUCGACUCUAUUUGUACGGACCAUGCACCGGCCUCGAGGGAGGGAAAAUUCUUUUUGACGAAAGAGACAUUGAAAACACCAAUGCACAAAGUGCAAAUGACACAAAGAGGAUACAUUCAGUUUUUGCGGUGGGAACUACCAGUACCAGAAAUUAACGAAUACACUUUCUGCCUUUGGGUCAAAUCUUCGAAUUUGACCUAUGCUCAGUCGUUUUUCUCAUAUUCAAAAAACGAGAAAGAUCGUUUGAUACGGUCUUGGAUAUCACCGAAUGGUCAGAGCAUUCACCUGGAAAUAGGCAAUGUUGAAAUUUUUCAAGUUCCCUUUUCUGUCCAAGAAAAUAAGUGGUACCACUUAUGUCAAAGUUGGCAAAAUAAAGAUGGACGAUACGCAUUAUGGAUAGACGGAAGAAUUGAAACACAAGGCUACAUAACAAAGAUGGCUGGACAUGUGAUCCCCAGCAAAGGCGAUAUCGUUGUUGGCCAAGAGUACACUGAUUUCGACAAAGGGCUCGAAGAUGGAAUUGAAGGAUCAGUUCUGGGUUUUAACUUACUCCUUGCUUCAGCUUUUGAUCCGUAUGAAACAUUUUUCAAUGACGAUCAGGGUCUAAAUUUACUAUCAACUCCACCCACACUUAGGAGAAACAUAGACGCCCCAAACUUGAACAGUCAGUUUGGAGAAAACCUUUCAUCGAGUCUAAGUGAUAGGAAACAUCAAAUCUCUUUCGAAGAAGAAUCCACGAGUUCAUACCAACAACAACUAUUUGGAACUUUUCCAAAAAAUGUACAAGAUCGAAAGAGGAAACAAAUUGUGUUUAGAGAAGAAGCAGAAAAAACCACUGAUUAUGAAAAUUUUAAGAAACCAUCAAUAUCUGAUAUCCCGUUAGGGUUCCAAUUAGUUACUAUUUCUUAUUCUCAAUGUGAAAUCGGGCGAGGAAGUCCUUUCAUUGGAGGCCCUUUAAUGUUAAUAUCAUGGACAAGAACUCCAGUAAAAGUAUUCGGUGGAGCUAUAGUGAAAAAUGUCAAGAGUGAAUGUGGUGAUUUUUGAUAUAUAAGAUAAAAACGAGCGAAAAUCAAUGAGCAUUUAACAAGGAAACAAUAUGUUGCCGUUAAUUGAAUUUAUUAAUGCCAUAUAGAUUUAUAAAGUUGUUUAUUAUAUAGGAAGAGCAAACUAUCAUCUUCACUUUAUUUAUAUGUAUACUUUAGUAUAAUUUUUUAUAUCUGUAUUUUUACAUUUAUACCUUAGGUGUAUUUAAUAGACGUAUUAUUAUUAUUAUAAUUUAUAUUUUACCUUAAAUGGUCAUUAGAUCAUUGUCUCUCAUAAUUCAUGAAUACCUCACACUACUAAAAACAUCAAUAUUGUGCAGUUUUUUUAUAUCACGUAAUGUGAAACAAUGCUUUAGUCCUUAUUUAAAAGACAAUUUGAAGAAAUUUAUUGACACUCAUUUGGCGAUUUAUUUCUUCCUUCAAACAACUUUUAAACGAUACUUCUUCUUUUCCUUUUUACUUACUUUAGUUAAGUCAUUAAGAUCGAUCAUUGCUAUUAGAAAUGCGUCAACGGAGGUGGCAAGAAUUUCCUAUUGCCUAUUUCAAAGACUAUAGUAGUAAUGAAACGUGUGAAAGUGCAUACAUAUAUAAUCUACAUAUACUUCCAGACCAAUGACGACAACCGCGAUUUCGCCCGGAAUUAAGUGAGAUAGUGAUUUCAUUUUACUUCCUUAGUUGACACAUCAACGUUGUAUAAGUUUCCAUGAUAUAUGCUAAUAUAUCCAUCUAUCGAAAUGGCAAGCAGCUUCACAUGUAUAAAAUUCUCUAAAAAGUAGUCAUCAAUGUAAUCUACUGUUUUUAAAUAAAUCCGACCCUUUUCUCAAUAA